CAAGGGGGCGGGGCACUAUAGGGCGGGGCCAGAGCCGCAGCUGUGGCCUCGGUCGCCCGCCGCUGCGCCUUUCCUGCGGGCAGCGCCCGGGCUCCGGUCGCGUUGCUCCCGGCCUCAGAGACCUGUCCACCUGGCGCUGUAGCAAGGAGAGCAAGCCCCGGAGUUGACCGUUUCAGGAGAUGACACACCCAAGCGCAGUGCUACGUGAGCCAGAGAGAGGAGGGGCCUGAGCCACAGGGCCUGAAUAUUGGCAGUGACACUUAAGAGGCUGGCAUUUAUUUCUGUUCUAACCAGCUACCUUAUAACUGUGAAAAGUAACUAUGCGUAUGUGUUGGUCAGCGAAACCAAGCAACAAGAGCUAUGGCGGUUGAGGAGGUCUGUCUGAUUCCAGGGUGUUUUUCCCCGGCUCCACCAUCAGGGACCUUCUCCCUCCCACCUCAACAAGCAUUUGGUACCCUCUGGCUUUUGACAGAGAUUAAGGACAUGUUCUUUGGCCUACAGCUAGAACUCAGAAUCUGCUGGAAUAGGGUCAGAGACCAUUUCAGUCACAGCUGAGGAAGAUGAAAUUUCCAUUCUACUUGGUGCCUUGUCCAGGGAGCACACUAACUCUUGGGAAAGCGUGUUGAGUGAGAAGAGGCUGAGCCUGGCCCACUAGAAACCCGUGGUUAUGGCGAGUGAGCCAACGUGACCAGCGGGGGCAAGAGCCGCAGAGGGACUCAUGACCGGCUAUACCAUGUUGCGGAAUGGGGGCGCGGGGAACGGAGGUCAGACCUGCAUGCUGCGCUGGUCCAACCGCAUCCGGCUCACGUGGCUCAGCUUCACGCUGUUCAUCAUCCUGGUGUUCUUCCCCCUCAUUGCUCACUAUUAUCUCACCACCCUGGACGAGGCAGACGAGGCGGGCAAGCGCAUCUUCGGCCCGCGGGCCGGCAGCGAACUCUGCGAGGUGAAGCACGUGCUGGACCUGUGCCGCAUCCGUGAGUCUGUGAGCGAGGAGCUCCUGCAGCUGGAAGCCAAGCGGCAGGAGCUGAACAGUGAAAUCGCCAAGCUGAACCUGAAGAUUGAGGCCUGCAAGAAGAGCAUCGAGAAUGCCAAGCAGGACCUGCUUCAGCUCAAGAACGUCAUCAGCCAGACAGAGCAUUCCUACAAGGAGCUGAUGGCGCAGAACCAGCCCAAGCUCUCCCUGCCCAUCCGCCUGCUCCCGGAGAAGGACGAUGCCGGCCUCCCGCCCCCCAAGGCCCAGAGGGGCUGCCGGCUGCACAAUUGCUUCGAUUAUUCCCGGUGCCCUCUGACCUCUGGUUUCCCCGUCUAUGUUUAUGACAGUGACCAGUUCGCCUUUGGCAGCUACCUGGAUCCCUUGGUCAAGCAGGCUUUCCAGGCCACGGCCCGAGCCAACGUUUAUGUCACCGACAAUGCGGACAUCGCCUGCCUUUAUGUGAUCCUAGUAGGGGAGAUGCAGGAGCCGGCCUUGCUGCGGCCCGCCGACCUGGAGAAGCAGCUGUCGUCCCUCCCGCACUGGCGGACGGACGGCCACAACCACGUCAUCAUCAGCCUGUCUCGGAAGUCGGACACCCAGAACUUACUGUACAACGUCAGCACUGGCCGGGCCAUGGUGGCCCAGUCCACCUUCUAUGCGGCCCAGUACCGGCCUGGCUUUGACUUGGUGGUGUCGCCCCUAGUCCACGCCAUGUCGGAGCCCAACUUCAUGGAAAUCCCACCACAGGUGCCGGUGAAGCGGAAAUACCUCUUCACCUUCCAGGGCGAGAAGAUAGAGUCGCUGAGAUCCAGCCUUCAGGAGGCCCGCUCCUUUGAGGAGGAGAUGGAGGGGGACCCCCCGGCCGACUACGACGAUCGGAUCAUCGCCACCCUCAAGGCCGUCCAGGACAGCAAGCUCGAUCAGGUCCUGGUGGAAUUCACCUGCAAGAGCCAGCCGAGAGCCAGCCUGCCGACUGAGUGGGCGCUGUGCGGCGGGCGGGAGGACCGCCUGGAGCUCCUGAAGCUCUCCACCUUCGCCCUCAUCAUCACGCCGGGGGACCCGCGCUUGCUUGUGUCCUCGGGGUGCGCCACCCGGCUCUUCGAGGCCCUGGAGGUCGGGGCUGUCCCGGUGGUGCUGGGGGAGCACGUGCAGCUCCCCUACCAGGACGUGCUGCAGUGGAGCGAGGCGGCGCUGGUGGUGCCCAAGCCGCGGGUCACUGAGGUCCACUUCCUGCUGCGGAGCCUCUCGGACAGCGACCUGCUGGCCAUGCGGCGCCAGGGCCGCUUCCUCUGGGAGACCUACUUCUCCACCACGGACAGUAUCUUCAGCACCGUGCUGGCCGUGAUCCGGACGCGCAUCCAGAUCCCAGCCGCUCCCAUCCGGGAGGAGGCCGCGGCCGAGAUCCCGCACCGCUCGGGCAAGGCGGCUGGCACCGACCCCAACAUGGCGGACACCGGGGACCUGGACCUGGGCCCGGUGGAGACCGAGCCGCCCUACGCCUCGCCCAAGUACCUCCGCAACUUCACCCUCACCGUCACCGACCUCUACCGCGGCUGGAACUCCGCCCCGGGGCCUUUCCAUCUCUUCCCCCACACGCCCUUUGACCCCGUGCUGCCCUCGGAGGCCAAGUUCCUGGGCUCAGGGACCGGAUUCCGGCCCAUUGGCGGCGGGGCCGGGGGCUCCGGCAAGGAGUUUCAGGCGGCGCUGGGCGGCAACGUCCCUCGGGAGCAGUUCACGGUGGUAAUGUUGACUUACGAGCGGGAGGAGGUGCUCAUGAACUCCUUAGAGAGGCUGAACGGCCUCCCUUACCUGAACAAGGUCGUGGUGGUGUGGAAUUCUCCCAAGCUGCCGUCAGAGGACCUGGUGUGGCCUGACAUUGGGGUCCCCAUCAUGGUGGUUCGUACUGAGAAGAACAGUCUGAACAACCGAUUCCUGCCGUGGAAUGAAAUCGAGACAGAGGCCAUCCUGUCUAUUGAUGAUGACGCUCACCUCCGCCAUGAUGAAAUCAUGUUUGGGUUUCGGGUGUGGAGAGAAGCACGGGACCGCAUUGUGGGUUUCCCUGGCCGUUACCAUGCGUGGGACAUCCCUCAUCAGUCCUGGCUGUACAACUCCAACUACUCCUGUGAGCUGUCCAUGGUGCUGACAGGUGCUGCCUUCUUCCACAAGUAUUAUGCCUACCUGUAUUCUUACGUGAUGCCCCAGGCCAUCCGAGAUAUGGUGGAUGAAUACAUCAACUGUGAGGACAUCGCCAUGAACUUCCUCGUCUCCCACAUCACUCGGAAACCCCCCAUCAAGGUGACCUCACGGUGGACUUUCCGAUGCCCGGGCUGCCCUCAGGCUCUGUCACACGACGAUUCCCACUUCCACGAGCGGCACAAGUGUAUCAACUUCUUUGUCAAGGUGUACGGCUACAUGCCCCUGCUGUACACGCAGUUCCGCGUGGACUCUGUGCUCUUCAAGACCCGCCUGCCCCACGACAAGACCAAGUGCUUCAAGUUCAUCUAGGGGCCUUGCACGGCGGGGCGAGGACGAGCAGAGUGGGGGAGGCGGCUCGGGGGCCCUGGACACUGAAGGGCCUCAGGGACACCCACCGUGGUCGGGCCAGGCCCUCUGCUGGGAGAGGCGCAGGGGGGCGGGAGGGGCGGGCUGCCUUGCUCCUGAAGUCAGCGGCACCAGGCCCGGAAGCCUGGUCCCAGGCAACCAGGGCUCCCUAAACAGGGCACUGACGAUAGCUUACACUGAGGACCAUGGGGACUCUGGGGAGUCACUCACACAGCUCACGAGCCCAGCACAGCUGGCUUGUGGUUUUUUAAUUCACUAACAACUAUUAUUAUUAUUUAAAGAGUUUCAGAUUUGCCAUUCAAGGUUUAUUUAUAUAUAUGUGUGUGUAUAUAUACACAUAUGUGUGUGUGUGUAUAUGUGGGUGUAUACGGAUAUAUGCACACACACUCACAGACAUAUACAUAUGUAUGUAUUCGAGGGGGAGCUUGGCGUUUCUGCCCAUCUCACAAAGUGAGGGUCCCACCGUGGUGGUCUGUAUUUUGGUGGAGAAGGAUCCUGACCUUCCUGUAUCUGGCUCAUCCUUAAAGAUGGUCUCCGUCCUCCCCAGGGGCCCCUGUGUGCAGAAACAAGAAAGGGCUGGCGUGGCCCUGGGGUGUCUUGCCUGAGUUCAGACCUGUGGGUUGGCUCCUUCCCCGCUUCCUGUUGCCAGCAGCGCUCUGUGGCUCGAUUUGUCCUGCACUCGAGUUCUCGGUGGGAUGGAGGGCCUGUGUAUUUGGGGCAGCUGAGCUUCCCUGCCUGGGACAGGGGUGUCGAGGACUCCCUGCUGGCUGUGUACUUGACCUGGCUCCCCUUUCCCCGCUGUCUGAGAGUGAGUACAGGAAGGACCGAGACCUGCAGACAGACCCCCAAAUGGUUCAUUUUGUUUGACCCUCCUUUUCAAGACCUGUUGUGCUUUGGCUGCAGACUUUCCUGAAGGUUCUCUCGCGUAAAGAGCAGAUGCCUGGCGGCUACACUUCAGGGGGGUCUGAGUGGUUGGUUGCAGGUCGGCCGACUCUUUCCGGCUCAGAGCAAGUGAGCACAGCACCCUUUGAUCCCCACCCGGCUGGCCGGGAGCCACAGCAAGGCACCUGCCUUGGGAUGAUACCUGGGUGAAAUUCACCUUCCCUACCCCAUCUGGACCCGCAUCCUGUAGUUCCUAGAUCCCUCAGGCCGGGUGGGUGCCAGGCCCUCCCUGGCGUUGGUUUGGUCUAUGUCAGGAUGAUGGGAGGAUAGGAUUUGUUGGGUUAAGCUCAAAUCCAGCCUGAAAUUGAACAGGUGUUCAUAUCCCAUAUUACCACUUGCCCCUGUGGGUUUCAGUCUCUAUUUUCCUGGGCUGAAAUAGAAGGAAGCUUUUUUUUUCUGGAGGUGGCAGCAGUAGGGGAACUGAAGAGAGUGGUGUCACUGGCGUUGGCUGGGAUAUAGCACGUGACCGCUGCCGUUAUUUCUGGACACCCCUUUCCUCCAGUGAGGCUGAGUCUAGGAGGUUCUCGUCAGUGA